GUUUGUUAUCGAUAGGAACCGACAGAACUUGGAACCAUUUCUUUGGGGGGAACUCGGACUUUAAGCUCGUGGAAGCUCCAGAAUCAAGUUUUUAGGCCUUGACUUCGAUACCAUUUUCCCCCUUCCCUUUACAAAUUUACAGACAAUAUGGACGGAUUAACGGCAGCCGAGUCGCGCGAGCUUGAGCAGCGCAUGCAGAAGCAGCAAAUGAAGGUCUUCUUUGGCCUCUUCAGCAACUUAGUUGACCACUGCUUCAUGUCCUGCGUCGAUGACUUCACCUCCAAGUCCCUGACGGGCCGCGAGUCCGGCUGCGUCGCCCGCUGCGUCCAGAAGCACAUGGCCUUGUCCCAGCGUCUUAGCGAGCGCUUCCAAGAGCACAACGCCCAGAUGACCCAACAGCAGCAGCAGCAAGGCGGGUUCCGAUAAACCCGGAAUUUACAAAGGAGGCUUUGCCCCUCCUCCCCUCCCUCUCUUCUCCUUAGGGAUGUAUGUACGUUAUGCUCGUUAUGCUCGGAGCUUCGAGUUUUCGAGGCGGGAUAGCUGAUAUGGGCUUGAACUGACGAGGACUGGAUAUGUUGUCCAUGUCCUAUAUGAUACAACAUGGAAAACCUCGGCUUAGGCUAUGCAGCCUUGAUUGUGAGCGCUGUUAAGGUGCAAUGUUAUCCGCGGGCGAAGACGCCGAGGUUGGGAAUAGCCUCGAUGUAUUUAAUAGGGAACUACAUAAGGGGUUCCCAUUUGGGUUAAUACCCUGGCUCUAGAGUUGAGCCUCGAAAAUUACUAUUUCAACUCCCGUACAACAAUUUCUACA